ACGCACACAGAGUAGUGCGCGGGGGGCCCGAGCUAACUCAUCCGCCGGCUUUCAACAAGAACGCGUCGAAGAGACGUAGACAUAUACAAUAUCGUGCUUUUAACGUCCCGUUUUCAUCGGCUUGAUACGAAAUAUAAAUUACACGCGCAAAUAUAUUUAUUAUUUAUCUUUUAUUCGGUGCCCAAAGAGAUUCGAUAACUUAAUUGUGGAGAGAUGGCCGGGGAAAAACGUAGUCAGGAACAUGAAGAUACUAUGCUAUCUCAAACGACAAUCCUGGUUGACAUCGAGGGUACAACGACGAGCAUAAGCUUCGUGAAGGAAACUUUAUUUCCUUAUGUGAGAGCCAAUUUAAAAAAAUACCUUUCAGAGUGUUGGGAUAAUGAGAAGUUCAAAGAAGUUUAUAAUAAAUUGAAAGAACAGGCUAAGAAAGAUGAAGAAGACAAAGUUGAAGGUUUUGUUUCGAUUACUGGUAGUAAUGUAGAAGAAGAACAAGAAUCAUUAAUAAAAAAUAUCCUCUGGCAAAUGGACAAUGAUCGUAAAACAAAUUCGCUUAAACAAUUGCAAGGUAACAUGUGGCAUGAUGCUUAUAAAACAGGAAUCAUAAAAGGAAGGGUUUACGACGAUGUACCCAAGUCAUUGGAAUUGUGGGUUAACAAUGGAAAAAAAAUAUAUGUCUAUUCGAGUGGGAGUGUAGAGUCACAAAAAUUACAUUUUGGCCAUUCCGAGCAUGGCGAUUUACUAAAGUAUUUCAGUGGAUUCUUUGACACAGAAGUAGGAGCUAAACAAGAGUGCAACAGUUACAAGAAUAUUUUAACGAAACUAGGAGAAAAAGCGAAUAAUGUAAUAUUUCUCACGGAUGUUGUAAAAGAAGCUGCAGCUGCUAAAGAAGCAGGCAUACUACCGAUUAUAGUUACGCGCGAAGGUAAUGCUGCUUUGACAGAUGAAGAAGCGAUUGCUUAUAUGACUAUUAAGUCUUUCUUAGAUUUAACAUUUCAAACAUCAACGAAGCGCCAGAAACUAAAUCCCACGGAAGUGGAGAAAAAAGAUGAAUCUGUAAAUCCAAACAGCAGUGAGCCAAUGGAUACUUCAGAGGAUGUAGAAAUCCCGGUUGAAAAUGCAAAAGAAAUCGAAAAGACAGAAAUAACUAAAAGUCCUCAACCCGAACAAGAAAUAAAAACCAAGACUGAUGAAACAGAUCAAACCCAGAAAGAUGAAAGUGAAAUUAUGAAAGAUGUAAAAGAUGUAAAAGAUAUAACUGUAACAAGUGCGAAACCUGACGAAAAAGAACAAUCUGUAACUAAACAACCGGAAACUCCAACUAAAGUUGGAGCUACUUCAGUUGCAGAUGAUGCUAUGGCGGCAACCAAAAGCGAGCCUGUAUCAAAACCAGAGACUGACGAUAAAAAGUUCACAAAGUCUGAGACUGUAGUUCAAAAUGAAACUACCAAUGCAGUAAAAGAUAACAAAACCAGGGAGGAAAGCGUUUCUGAGAAACCUGCAGAAACUGAAACAAAAGUAGAGGGAUCAACAAGCAGAAAAAAUACUAAUUCCAGCACAACUGAAGCAAAUUCCGCCGAAGGGGAAACAAUAUCAAAAACGACUACACAAAUAUCUUCGGAGAUAGAGAAUGCACCUUUAUCCGAUGCUACUAAAACCGAUGAUGUUAUUGCAAAAAUAAGUACGAAAGAAGCAAAUGCAGAAACAGAAGAUAAAAAUAAUGAUACUAAGAAAGAUUCGAAAGAUCAAGAAAGUAACGUUGCAGUGGAGAAAAGUAAAGAUGGUGAUGCAAAAGUAGAAAACCAGGAAGAAUCAAAAAAUAGAGAAACAAAGGAAAAUGCAGACGUAAAAGCAUCUUUACCUAAAGCAGAAAAACAUACUGAAAGUGCUGAAUCGAUAGAACAAGAAUCAAGCAAAGAAUCCGUGAAAGAAGAAACUGUGUCGGAUGAAGUGAAAGAUAAAAGUACAGUGGAAUCAGAGAAGAAAAAAUUAAAUGGAACAACACAAAAUGGAGACGAUGUGCCAGUGUCGGAUGAAAAUUUACACAGAAAUGGACUGAACGAGGGAUCAUCGAGCGAACAACUCACAUUGACAAGCAGUGAGGAAAAACCUGCACAAAAUGGUGAGCCUGAGAGUUCUACAGAUACUAGUGCAGAAUCUAUAAAAGUAAAAAAAGUCGUUGAUUCUGCCGUAGCAGAUGGUGCAGGUGAACCUGACGUUGUUCCCCCUGUAGUUGUAGCAGCGACUUCUUAAUCUUGUUCUAAUACAUUUUAAGAAGUCCAUACAUAACCCCAUUUCCUAGUACUUAUCUGCAGGUAUAAACUGAAAAGUUGGCUCCCUACAUCUUACAUAAAUCGUACGAUGUUUAAAAUAUAAGAUGUUAAUUUAAGAUAGAAGUCAUAGAAACAUCAUUUCUUUGAUAAGUGGGGCAAGGAAAAUAAUGUAAAGUCUUUACAGUGUAUUACAAAUUCGAUUAUCUUUCAAUUAUAUUGAUUAUUUCUUUUCUCUUUUUUUGUCCUCAUUAUAAUCUAUGGAUAUUCAAAAUUGGAAUAAUUCGGAAUAUUUAAUUACUUUAUUCCAAAACGUAAUUUAUAAAAUAUCUUAUUAAUAUAUUU